CUAUGUAUCCAAACCUUCCACCAGAGGAAGCUCGGAAUAUCCCCUUUGCUACUACUUAGUCACUGAAUGUGCUCUGUGGUUUCAGUUAUCUGUAGAGAAGUUUGGUAAACCCCUUCUGACUUUUGGCAUGCUUACAUUUUAUAUUCAAGUUAUCUUCAGGGAGGUGGGAGCUGGGAAAGAAUGGAAAUCCCCAGGAUUGGGGGAAGAGCUCAUCAGAACUCAUCACAGCUAAACUAAAGUCAGCUGUUGGGACUAAUCUUACCAAGUACUCCUGGAAGCAGCUUUUCUACUGGCUCCAAAAGAUCUUUGCUCCAGAUUUUACAGAAAGAGACCAUGCUGGGGAACAGUUAUGUUUUCAGGUUCAGUAAGCAAAAUGGCUUUUUCUGCUUGAAGACUAGAAAUUGCUGCUCAUCCUACCUCUUCCCUUGAAGACUAAGGAACAUCCCAGAUAUGGCCUCAGAGACCUACAUGCCCGGCCCUGUGUGCCUCAUCGAGAACAUGGAGGGGCAGCUAGUGGUCAAGCAGGAAGCCCUGCAGAUCCUGUCGGCCAUCACGCAGCCUAUGGUGGUGGUGGCCAUCGUGGGUGUCUGCAGCACAGGCAAAUCCUACCUAAUGAACCAGCUGGCUGGGAAGAAAAAGGGCUUCUCUGUGGGCUCCACUGUGCAGUCUCACACCAAGGGAAUCUGGAUGUGGUGUGUGCCUCAUCCUGAGAAGCCAGGCCACACCUUAGUUCUGCUGGACACCGAAGGCCUGGGUGAUGUAGAGAAGGGUGAUGAUAAGAAUGAUACCCAGAUCUUUGCUCUGGCAAGCCUUCUGAGCAGCACCUUUGUAUACAAUACCAUGAACAAAAUUGACCAGGGGGCUAUUGACCUACUGCACAAUGUGACAGAACUGACAGAUAUACUCAGGGCAAGGACAUUGCCUGACAAUGGAGUGAAAGAUGCUGAUGACAUUGGAAACUUCUUUCCAGACUUGGUGUGGAGUAUAAGAGACUUCUACCUAAGCCUGGAAAGAGAUGGACAACUCAUGACAGCAGAUGAAUAUCUGCAGAAUUCACUGAAGAUGAAGAAAGGUAGUGAUCAAAGAACUCAAAGUUUCAAUUUGCCUCGUCUGUGUAUUCAGAAGUUCUUUCCAACCAGGAAGUGCUUUGUCUUUGACUCACCCACUCACCAGAAGAAGAUCUCCCAGCUAGAGACACUGAAGGAGGAUGAUCUGAGUUUUCAGUUUGUGCAACAAAUGGCAGAAUUCUCUUCCCACAUCUUCAACAAGUCCAAGAUCAAGACACUUCCAGGAGGCAUCAAGGUCAAUGGACCUUGUUUAGAGAACCUGGUACGGACCUAUGUCAACGCUAUCAGCAGCAGGGAUCUGCCCUGCAUGGAGAACGCAGUCAUGACCCUGGCCCAGAGAGAGAAUGCAGCUGCAAUAAAAAGGGCACUUUCCCACUAUGACCAACUGAUGGGCCAGAAGGUGCAGCUGCCCACAGAGACCCUCCAGGAGCUGGUAAACCUGCACAGGUCCAGCGAGGGAGAGGCCAUAGAAAUCUUCAAAAAGAACUCUUUCAAGGAUGAGGACCAAAGUUUCCAGAAGGAAUUACAGACCCUACUAGAUGCAAAGCAGAACGACAUUUGUAAGAAGAAUGAGAAAGCCUCUUCUGAUUGUUGCUCAGCUUUACUUCAGGAUAUUUUUGGUCCUCUGGAAGAAGCAGUGAAGCAGGGGCUUUAUUCUAAGCCAGGAGGCCAUAAUCUCUACCUUCAGAAGACAAAGGAGCUAAUGACAAAGUAUCAUCAACAGCCCAGGAAAGGAAUACAGGCUGAGGAAGCUCUACAAAAGUAUUUAAAGUCCAAAGAGUCUGUUCGUAAUGCUGUUCUACAGACAGACCAUGCUCUCACAGCGAAGGAAAAGGAGAUGGAAGAGGCACGUGUGAAAGCAGAGGCUGCCAAGGCUGAAGCAGAAAAUGCGGUGGUGAUUCAUAGGCAGAUGCAGCAAAUGAUGGAGGAGAAGGAGAGACUCCAUCAGCAGCAAAUAAGACAAAUGGAAAUAGAAAUAGCAAACAUUUUGGCACAGCAACACAGGAAUUUGGCACAUCUGCUCCAGGUAUUGAAUCAGUUGUUUCAGCCUAGGGUUGUGUUUCUGUCCUUUCUCUAUAAGGAUGAGAGCAUGAAACAGUGUGGGGAGAUGAAGAGUACUAGGGUGGCUCGGGGCAGGGACUGUGGCAUCAGACCGUGGGGUGUGCAUCCAAGCUCCACUGUUACCAAAUACAUGGUGUAAGCAAGUUAUCUAUGUCCUCUGUGCCUGUUUUCCUCUUGCAUAGAAUAGAAAUGGGGGUUAGACAUAUUUGUGAGGUUAUUGUGAUAAGCAAGUACAUUAAUAUUUGGAUUUAGAAUGGUGAGUGGAGUAGAAUAAGAAUAUAAAUUAUUAAAUCUAUAGCAAGGCAUUUCUGUCCCAUAGUGAUUAGCCUUUUCUGUUAAUUUGUUAAUGGCUUUGGAAAAUCCUUUGUCCCGAUUAUACCUGUUUCAUCAAUUUCAUCUUGCAUUUUGUCUUUGCUGUUGUCCUUGCCUAAGUCAUCUCUGGUUCUUAUGGCCUUGAACUCACAGUGCUUGUUUCACCAAGUCCUGUAGUUUCUCAUCACUCAAUAAGCAGGAGUUCUUCUCUCCCAAGCACUGUACAAAGCCCUCUGCAUGCAUUCUCUCAUCUGAUCUAUUUACUGUGAAGCAGAACUGUUGUGUCCCCAGUUUUAUAUGAGGUUAGCGAUGCCCCAAAGAGAUAACUAAAUGUGAGUAUCUCACACCCUUGUGAGCCAUUGAAGCUGCCUUUCCCAUUAGUGGUAUCCUCAGUGUUGCUGCUCCCUAGAUUCUUUGGCGAAUUCCUGUGGGAACACCUCAUAAGAUAGACAACAUCCUGACAUUUUCCCUGGCUUACCAUGGAAUCUGUGGAUACCAGAUUUUCAGUAACUACCUCAGGGUAUUUUGGGGAUUAUAGCUCUUUUCUGAAAGGCAUUAUGGGCAAACUCUGGUGUUUGAUCCCCUCAUUCUUUUCUUGUACUUGUCCCUCCAAAUUUUGGUGACCUGAACAAUUUCCCUCAUCUAAGGCUCAGACCUCGCCUGACUGAACAUCACCUAGAUAUUCUGUUUUUGUGUCAGUUUCUUCUCUUACAAACACUGUUAAUAUUUUCCUAAAAAUGGAAAAGAGGAUUGGGAAAGAGGAUUGAAGUCAAGUUGUGACUAAGAUUACUCAAGGAAAUUGGGUAGUGUAGGUGAAAAAGGAGCCUUGGGAUGGAAUUCUACAGACUCCAACAUUUCAGGGACUGGAUGUUUCUGGAACUAGAGAAAGAGGAAUGUGACUAACUGUAGAAGUAGAAUGGACCUACCUAAGUGGAAAAGAAAAAUAUGGAAAUGUCUAUUGUUUCUGUGCAUUAAAGGUAGUAAGGACAAGUCAGUGGUGUAGGCAAUCAGAAUGAGGCUGACCUUGCUUAUUGCUAAGUUUUAUUGUUUUUAUUUAUUACUUCUCAGGAAAGGGGUGACAUGAUCCCUCAAGCUCAUAUCACCAGGUUUCAUGAUCAGAUCCAGCAUCUCCACCGUGCUAGUGAUUCAUGUAGCAUACUCUAACGUACUGAAAACAUCAGAGCUUCCUCUUCCUAUUUCCUUUCACUGAAGAUGAGAAACUAUAAAAUGUGGGACAAUGAACAUUUAAACAAUCCCAAAGCCUUUUGCCUAAUCUUUCAUUUUGUCUCUAGGUAUGACAAGUUACCUAGGUGUUGUUAACCACAGUCAAAUGGAAAUUGUUCUAGGUUUUGGCCUCUGUUCAGCAUCACUCUUGCUGCUGGCCCAGUGCUAGAUGCCAUCAAAAGGAGGCCCCAGUGGUAAAGUUAAAACAAUGUGCCCUUCUCAACUGGGUGAAGGCUGCUCUUCUAUGAGCAAUGGGGCAAAUCAUCAGCAUUGUCAGUUGACCUCUGCAUGGAGAAAUUCCAAGCUUAAAGCAAAUAAUGUUAUGAUGAGAUGGACAUCUCUAGAGGAUGAAAGGAAAUACUACUGUAAAAUUGUGUCAUGUGCUUAAGGGCUAAAGAGAAAGCCUUUUCCUUUGCAUUCAUCCUCACCUGAGUUAGUUCAUAGCUCAGAGAAUUUUAUAAUAGAAAACAUUGGUCUUAAUAUUUAUGUAUUAUUUAAAAUCCUUUAGACCUCAUAAAUAAUAGGCAUAAGUAAUGUGUAAUGUGCCAAAAUUCUGAUGAUGCUCAUUUAGUUUUAUACUUUCUAUAUGUGAAAGUUAAAUCCUCAUAACCUUUUCAGUCUUUUAUGAGAGCCUCUUGAUUAUUUAAAAAUAUUGAUUAAAUGAAUGUAUCUGUUAAUACAUAGUUUUAACUAUAAAAUAUUAUUAAGCCAUAAAUCUAUUAUGGUUUUAACUCUUUUUAAAAAUGUUUCACAGUAGUUAAAUUCUAUGGGGAAAGCUUCUAAAUUUUCAUCAGGAGAUUAGGAAUUUCUUUAAAACUAGAAUUAAAAUACACUUUGCUACGCCUUUCUAUUUGUUUUGUUUAACUCCAAUAAAAGUUUUAAAAAUUGUAGGAAUACUCCACAAAGUUACAUUUCUUUAUCCCUUAUAACUACUUAAUUAUGUAAAGAAUUAACAGUGGGGAGAUAUUAGAAGUCCAUCAUUUAUUUUUUAGUUGCUCAAAAUGUUUUUUACUUAUAUACAAAAGAAAAGCACAUUAGUGUUAAUAUCUGUACUUUUUUUUCUGUUCUUUGAGAAUUUUAUUUCUCUAAACUUCUUGUAUCAGCAAAAGUCUGCUCAGCUAUGUUUCUAGACUUGACCUCAACUCUAUAAGGUACCAGCACACUGGCUGAGCAUUUGUUUAGCAAUACUCUAUAGGAAUCUUUGUGAGCUAUGCAGACCACAAAACAGAAAAUAACAUGUAUUUUACACCUGAGGAAAUGGCAUAGUUGGAAAGAACAACUUUCUUUAUCAUUACUACUCAUCUUCAACACACUUUUAAACCUGGGUCAUACCAUAUUUAAUCUGCUUAUCCAAAGUUCCCACCAUUUAUACUGUUAGUCUAGACCACACUACAAAUAAUCUGACAUCUAGCUCACUAACACUCCUCUAGUAUCUCUCCACCAAAUAAGAGGUCUUCCCCUUAGAAAACUCUAGAGGAGCAAUUUGCUUCCACCAGUGGUCCACAAACUUUCCUUCCCACCAGCUUCCUUGGCUCCCAUGUGUCCCCACAUACUCUGUCACCUAGAACAGAACUGUGUCAUUGGAUACAAAAUGACAAGAAAAGGCACUGAAAGAUGAACAGGGACAGUUUUUUAGUACUAAGACCUAGACUAUGUAUUUCUGUCCCCAUUGAUCUUAUUAUCAUGAAAUUAAAUGAUUAAAUUAUUUAGGUACAAUGAAAAGUGAGGAAAUAGAUUCUCUCCUGGAGUUUUCAUAUGAAUCACAAACUUGCUAAUGCCUGAGAUUAGCCUCGCAGACUUCUGAUUUCCAGAACUGUAGGGUAUAAGCUUGUAUUUAUUAAAAUAUUAUUUUAGUUGUAGAUGGAUAUGAUACCUUUAUUUAUUUAUUUUUAUGUGGUGCUAAGGAUCUAACCCAGUGCAUCACCCAUGCAAGGCAAGGGCCCUACCAUUAAGCCACAACCCCGGCCCUUGCUCUUAUUCUUUCUUCCUCUCUCUCUUUCUUUCUUUCUUUCUUUUUUUGUAACAUAUUUAUUUUUAUUUUUUGUAGUUGUAGAUGGAUACAGUACUUUUAUUUUAUUUAUGUAUCUUAAUGUGAUGCUAAGGAUCGAACUCAGGGUCUCACAAGUGCUAGGCAAGUGCUCAACCACUGAGCUACAACACCAGCCCUUUCUAGCAUAUUUUAAGAGAUAAUUUUACUGAGCAUCCUGAGUAAAUGUUUAUUUCCAACAUUUCUCAAGUUCUAUGUUGUCAUAUAAUAGAAGCUUCUAUACCACAUGUGCCAUUUUCUCUGAGCAUUUUAAUUUAUUAUUACUGAAAUGUUUUUUAGAAACUCAGAUCUCACUCUUAUUAUAAGUUUUGAGUCACUUAGUUGGUGGUCAUUUGUUACAACGCAAUAGUAAACGUGUACAACUUCUUUAUUCCUUAGCAUCGUAAAUAGUUAGUAAUAGCAGCUAAUAUUUUUUCAGGAUUCACCAUGUUCCAGUUGUGGUCCCUGUAAUAACACAUCUAUUGCUCACAAAAUCCUAUGAACAUGAAGUAUUGCUUUAUUGUAAUUAUCAUUAUUUAAAACAUUUUCAUGUUUAUUAGUGGGACUAUUAUUAAAGUUAUUAAAUUUAAGGCACUGAAGAUAAUUAAGUCAUCUCAAGGCAAUACCACAGGAGGCUUUUGAAUCUGGACCCCACAUUAAUAACCAUUUUGAUAUUGUCUUUCUUGUCAUGCUUAAUAAAACAAUAGUAAGUAAUAUAUUAAAAUGUAGAGAGAAUUACUGAAAGAAUGAAAACCAAAAGCACAGUGUGAAAACAACAUAAAAGUACUCAACACAAAAAAAGAAGAUACAUUGUUAAAAAUAAAGGUUAAAAAUGUGGUAAUGAGUCUUGAAUGUAUAGAUCACCAAUGGAACAGAAUAGAAAGUCCAAAAUAAACUAUAGGAAGUAUGGAGAGUAAAGGUGGACUUCUAAAUAGAAAGAGACAACUGCAUGGCAAACUUAGAAAGAGACCAAAUCAGAACCAGAUCUUACAUUCUACACUGAAACAACAACAACAAAAAAGUUUAAAGUGUAACAAUAUAAACUGUAUUUAAGAAACCCAAGGUUAUAUUCUUUAUGAACCUAUAGGAGAGGGCCUUUCUAUGAGUCAAAAGUAUCUUGAAACUUCUCUUGAUCCUCUAUCUCAAUCAGUUAUAACACAAUCCCUUGAUCCUUUUCAAAGCAAGAUUCUAGCAAAUUAUAUCGCCUUCUCUGUUUUUCAAAAUUAUGAAAUAUGACACAUUCAGAGGAGUACAUCAAAUAUAAAGCAUAAAAAUUAUAAAAAUCACACCCCAGAAACAUAAAUUGAGCAUUGCUAAAACCCCAAAGGAGUGUAUUACAACCUCUGACUACCCUACUAGAGACAACCAGUAUCACAACUUUUGAAUUCCUCAUGGAUUAUAUCAUACACAAAUGAUGUCUGAAAUAACGUAAGUUAGUUUGACCUUCUUUCUAGAUAAAUCAGAUUUUAUUGCAUGUCUUCUUUUGUACUUUGCUUCAUUUCCAAAAAGAUAUCAAUAAGAUUCUUCUAUUUCAUUGUGUAGUUGGAAAUGUAUAUAUUGUAUAUAAUAAAAUGACUUUGUUUAUUUUACUAUUGAUAAAUAUAUAAAUUCUCAGGUUUAUCUUUUCUGAAAUAUUAUUCAGUUGAUUUUGAAAUAUGUGUGUGUGUGUGUGUGUGUGUGUGUAUGCACAAUUGCCUUGUGUAACACCCCUAGGAAUGGACUUCCUAGGUUAGAGGAAGUGAAUCUUGUCCUUCUACAUCAGCUUUGCCAUGACUUCAGAGUCUUUCUUGCAUAAUAUGAUUGUUUCCACACCAAAAUUGCCCACAUUUUGAAGUACAGGGGCUGUACUGUAUAUGGUAAUGUGUUGUAUCUUAUUGAGAUAUUAAUUUGCAUUUUUCUCAAAUAAAUUAGGUGCAACACUUCUUCAUGUGUUUGUACACUAGUUCUUUCUCAUGUUUUGUGAUGUCUUUUUCUAUCAUAUUCUGUCUUUUUCUUGAUUUUUAGGCAUUCCUUAAAUAUAAAGGAUAUGAGUUUCCUGUGUGUUAUAUGAUUUGUCAAUGUCAUUUCUCAUUCUGUGAUUUGCUUUAACACCUUUUAUGGAAUUUUUGUGAAAAGAAUUUUUGACUGUAGUCAACAACAUUUUACUUUAUGGUAGGAGGGAUGUAUGUGUGAUUGCCUGUGUGUAUCUUCACAUCUAUCUACAUGGUGCUCCUUAUAUAUUUAUUUCUCUAAAUGUGUGUCAUUUGACCUUUCAUAUGUAUCUGUAUAAAUUUCUGCAAAAAUUUAAGAUCUAUGUAGUGUGAAUUAUGGGUUCAAAGUAUUUUUCUGAAAAAGGAUGACCUAUUUUCCCAAAACAAUUUAAACAGAAGAUAGUCUUUGUCUCCAAACUCAUGAAGAAAUUGUAAGUUUGAUAACAAUAUAUGACUGUUUAUUUUGCAACUCUCCCAAUUCUUUCGGCCUGUUGACCCACUCAAGCACAAAUAUAAUGAUGUAUUACAAACUAAAGAAUCAUAAGAAUUAUGUCUUAUUUCUACUGUGCUCAGUCUUUCUACAAUGUUCAUCAAAAAUUUCUUGGCUGUACUUAAACAUUUGCAUUUCUAUAUAAAUUAUUGGAUCAUUCUGUACCUCCCAGAAAAAAAUCAUAUUUUUUCUUGGAUUACAUUGAAUCCAUUAAUAUUUGUUUUCAUUGUUUUUAUAAUUUGUAAAACUCUGUAUUUACAAUUAAUAGACAAGUAAAACGAAGGCUAGUAGAAUAGAGGAAGAGAGAGGAGGGGAAGUGUGAGGGGAGAUGGAGAUCAUGAACUGAAAUGGAUUUUCAUUCAUGUUUGAGUUUAUCAGGAUGAACCCAGAAACUAUGUGUAAUCAUUAAGCUCUAAUAAAAAAUAAAAUAAAAAUUUUAAAA